AUGUCGCGCCCAGAACACUUGGCACCGCCCGAGGUGUAUUACAACGAUGUGGAAGCAUCCAAGUACACCUCAUCCACCCGCGUACGCCACAUCCAAGCCACCAUGGCAGAGAGAGCGAUGGAGCUGCUCGCCAUGCCCGCAUUCCUCCAACAAGGCGGCGGUCUGCUGCUCGACAUUGGCUGCGGCUCCGGCUUGAGCGGCGAGGUGAUUCAAGAAGCGGGUCACGAGUGGGUGGGUGUGGACAUCAGCCCCAGCAUGCUCGACGUGGCGCUGCAAGAAGAGUCGCAAGGUGAUCUGCUGCUGGGCGAUGUGGGCGAAGGUUUGCCCUUCCGACCGGGCAUGUUCGAUGGCGCCAUCAGGUCAGUCGGUCGAUCAGGUCAGCCGUGCUUUUGCUGAGUGCACCUCGCAUACACGCACCCUCGCAUACACGCACCCUCGCAUACACGCACCCUCGCCUCCCCAGGCUCACUCCCUUUCCUUCCCCCCUCCAUCGCCCCUCCUCCCAGCAUAUCCGUCCUGCAAUGGCUGCUCAAUGCAGACAAGAUCGACGCUUCCCCCAUCGCCCGCCUCUCCAGCUUCUUCACUACUCUACACGCAGCGCUGCGCAACGGUGCCAGGGCCGUCUUGCAAUUCUAUCCAGAGUCCGACGAGCAGGUGCGUCUGUGCAUGCAAGCGGCCACCAGAGCAGGUUUCGGUGGAGGUCUCGUAGUCGACUACCCAAACUCCAAAAAGGCAAAGAAGCUCUUCCUGGUCUUGUGGGUGGGAGGCGUCAUGCUGCCCCCUGCCGGCUACGCUGGAGCUGUGGACACGAUGCACGAGCAGCAACUACCCAGAGGCUUGGUCGGAGAGCACGAGGAUGCUGAUGUCGUCCAUGGCCAGCAGCAAGUCAAAAGUUCGGGCAGGAGACAGAUUAGAGGUGGCAAGGCAGACAAGAAGAGCAAAAGCAGGGACAAGGGCAAGGAUUGGAUCUUGCGGAAAAAGGAUUUGUACAGAAAGCGCGGCAAAGAGGUGAGCCGCGUUCGGGGACCAUGCCAGCAUGCAAGGCGAAGCGUUCUGGUCAGAAGCUGACGUUGAACUGUCCACCAUCGUCAGGAUGUGCCCACUGACUCCAAGUAUACUGGGCGGAAGAGAAAGACGGCCUUUUGA